GAUUUAAUUAUUGAAUUUAUGUGACAUAGAUUUCUUAAAUGUAAACAAGAAGAAGAAAUUUUCGAAGAAAACUACAUAUUUAUUCGAAUUAUUUAAAUGGAUGAAAAUAUUGUUUUGGAAGUGGAUGGAAUUCACUUUCCAUGUAAAAAGAAUUUAUUAAGAUUGAACAGUGCGUAUUUUGAUGCAAUGUUUAGUGGCAAUUUUAAGGAACAGAAGGAAAAUAUUAUUGUUAUUAAGGAUGUAUCACCCGUAGCAAUGAAAGUAAUUAUAAACUCUUUAACAGAAAAUAGUCUUCAUAUUGAAGAUGACGAAUUAUUACCUAGUUUACAAGCGUCUUGUAUGCUACAAUUUGAUCAUAUCAAACAAUACUGUAUAGAAACAAUCACUGAAAUAUUAUCAUAUGAAUUUUGUAUAAAUGUAUACUUUAUGGCAAUACAAUUAGAUUUGCAAAUAUUAGCGAAAAAAUCAUUAUGCAUAGCAUUAUUAAACUUUAAAAAUGUAAUUGAAACAAGAGCAUUUUUAAAAUUAGAUAUCAUACAAUUGCAACAUUAUUUAGCACAUCCAGCAUUACAUUGUGAGCAUGAGAUUGAUGUAUUUGAAGCAGCAAUGAAAUGGUGGUACGAGCAUGAACAGAAUGCAAAUAAAUGUACACAUGAAAAUAAUAGUGAAAAUCAACAGAUGACGGGCGAUAAUGAUGAAAAUGAUUAUUGCACAAAUAUUUUAUUAAAUAUUUUAAAUUGUAUAUCAUUUAGGAAUAUUCAUGAUACGACUGAUAUUAAUUUAAUGAUCACUUAUCCAGGAAUUAAUAAACAUAUGUUUAUAGCAAAUAUUUUUCAAUGUAUUUAUUUAUUAUUAAAGGGUGAGCAAAAUAUUAGCUUUAAUGAAAGAAUUAUUAGUACUGCCAAUGAAUUAUUAGCGGAUGAUGGACGUGAUAUACCGCAAUUAUUGUGUAUUGUUGGUGUUAAGAAACCAUCAUCGAAUUUAGCUGUUGAAAGUAAUAUGAAAGUCAAAAUUACUAAUGCCAAAUCUUACUUAAUGUUUUAUGAUGGAGGUACACAAUUACAACCUUUGGUUCCUUUACGGCAUGUGGGUAACGAGGAUGGGCACAGUUUACAGGGCUAUAGGAUACAAGUGUGGAAAAAUAAAUUUAUAUUAUUUGGUGGUGAAUAUAUGUACGGUCAUGGUAAUUGGAACACAACAUGUUGGCUGUAUGACACAACAAAAGAAAAAUGGAGUAAAUUAACUACAUUGCCAUCGGUUAGACGACAUUUUAAAUGUUGCAUUGUUGGUGAUGAGUUAUAUGUUAUUGGUGGUACUGGUCAGUAUCGUGUUGUCCAAUAUAAUAUGGAUUGUUACAAUUUAAAGCGAGACUGUUGGGAGAAAAAAAUAAGAUUUCCAUACGAUUUUCGUGAUGUUGAAUGUUGUGAAUAUAAAAAUAAUUUGUUCAUAACCUGUGGUGGAAUUAAACAAAUUGAAACUUAUUUAUAUAACACACAAAAUAAAUACUGGACUCAAUUGAAGAUAUGUGAUCCAAAUAAAUUGUAUAAGAAAAUGGAACUACCUGAGAAAUUACCUUCAGCACCAAGACGUAGCUACGUACCUUUCGUUCAUAAAGGAAAUAUAUAUAUAAACGGUAAUUAUUUAUUGGGCUUAACAUUAAAUCAAAUGAAUUUAGAAGUAUUUUAUUUUGGACCUGGUAUGAAUAGCCAUGAUGGUACUUUACAUCCGGUUGGUAUGUGUGUCAUAGGUGAUAAUGUGUACACAUUCAAGUCAGAAGACUGUGCAGACGUUGAUGAUGUUGUAUAUAAUUCAAAUGUACAGUGUUUUUCAAUUAUAAAUAAGAAUUUUGAAACAUGUGAAUUAAAAAACAAAGAUAUUAUGUUAACACAGGACUCGGGAUGCUUUGGGUUAUUUCAUCAUUCGCUAUUAUGAAAAUUUAAUUGUUUUACUUUUUGGUUUUUUUAAAUAAAUUAUAUAACGUUAUGGCAAUACUUAUCUUUUUAAUCGUGAAUAUUGAUUUGUCAAUUAUUUUUUUUAGAAAAAUAUUUGCUAAGAACAAUGAAACAUCUGUGUAUUUUAUAUUUAUUUAGGGCUUUAUGGGAAUUUGGAACGUCGUUAGCAAUCAUUAAGAUAAUGAUUUAUGGCGGCCACUACCUACUACUUAAGCGUAAUAUGAGGAGAAAGUGGGAUGGAUUCGUACAUAUAGUACAUACAUACGAUGGAGUAAUCCACCAAGGAUUCCUUGUUACCUCUAUCUAUUGUGCAUCAUUUAAAUGUGCUUAUGUAAUGCCAAUCUAAUGAAAUAUCUUGGGUUUUUUUAGUACAAAUUUUAUUUUUAUGUAGAUCAGUCUCUCGGCCUUUUUAACG